AUGUCUGUAGCUUGGCCAUUUACAGAAGACUUGCCCCCUGAUUUAAAGAGGAUUAGAGUGGAGGUCCGACUUACUUUGAGCUUUUCUGAUAAGAACAAAGUUGGAACCUCACAGCCACAUGAUAAUACCCUAGUAGUUACUCUCAGGAUAGGAGGGUAUAUUGUGAAGAGGAUGCUGGUAGAUCAGGGUAACGGUGCAAAAAUCAUGUACUUUGACCUAUUUAGGGGGUUGAAACUAAGGUCUAAGGACCUAACCUACUAUGACUCUCCUCUAAUAGUGUUUGAUGGGAAGAUUGACUCUUUGAAUUGCCAAAUUAGAUUGCCUAUGCAGGUAGGGUUAGAAGUCGUGGAAGUGAACUUCAUUGUGGUAUAUGCCUAUUCCCCCUAUAUUGCUAUUGUAGCAAGACCUUGGCUUCACGCUAUGGGGGCCAUGUUUUCCACCCUGUACUUGAAGGUGAAAUAUCCAUCAGAGAUCAAAUUGAGGAGUUAG